AAGUGCAUUGGUACUCGGUAAAGUAAUCUACAAAUCGUCUUUUAAUUGUGUUGAUAACGACGUGUAAAAAGAAGGAAAACUUUUUUAAAGUUGGCAUUACCUUUGAGUCGAUGAGUAGUUGUGGACAAAACGGGUCAAAUUCAUUUUCAGAGCUAUCUUCUAGCAUCUUAAAAGCAUCUUGAUAAACGAUGGCAUCGUCCUCCAGGCCUAGACCCAGUAACUUACAAUUGAAUGUGGGUGAUCAAAAAGGCGUGGUUGGAACCCCUAAAAUCCAAUGGAGAUUUCAAGUCAAUGGCUCCGAUCAAUCGCUCAACAUCGUUAGGAAUAGCAACGCGUCAUCAUCAUGUCUUGAUUCUCCAUCAUCAGCAAGUGGCCGACUGUCGCCCAGAACCAAUAAUCGACCGCAAGCCUUGGCAAAUCUGCAAUCUAUGUGCUCACGUGCGGCUACGAAGCGCAAUGCAAAAUUUACAAAGGAUAGCUUUUGCGAAUUAUUCGCGAAAUAUGAGAUGCAUCAACUGCUUUUCCAACUGUUUGAUGACAAAUCAAAGGGAAAGCUGGUUCAGUCGCAUUUCGUCGAUUUCCUCAACGAAAAACUGGGGAGAGAAGGCCAAGAUUUCGUACACUUGGUUGAUACGUUAGUCUAUGUUAUAGCAGGGGAAGCCGAUUUGGAUAUCCAGCUCUUUUCUCGGGUAUUCCAAACCCAAAAGCUUCUUUCCAAGCUUUUCAAAUUAAUCGACGUUGAUCGGUCCGGAAGUGUUUCCGUUGAGUGCAUAGUAGUUUUCAUCAUGGAUUUAUCCUUGCCAAGACCAAAAAGUAGAAAUCUCAGAAAAGUGAGAUUUGAAAGUAUCGAGGAACUCUUCAGCAAUGUCAAUGGAAGAACAGAGCUUACCAUUGAAGAAUUCAAGAAGUUAAUCCCAUCAAAAGACGCGUUCUUCGCUGAGCGUGUGUUCCACAUCUUGGAUAAAGACGGUUCCAAUGGUAUCUCGACGUCUGAAUUGAGACUAGGGCUAGAGCAGUUGUGCAGUCAAUCAGUCGAAGAUAGGGUCCGUUUCCUCUUCCAAAUCUACGAUCGAGAUGGUGACGGACUGAUCCAACUGCAUGACUUGAAAGCAGUCUUGAAGGCUUGCACAGAAGAAAACAAAAUGAAUUUUAGCGAAGAACAGCUCGAUCAGCUUGCUUUAGCCCUCUACGAAGACGCUGUAGACUCUGUGAAUAGCAAUACGCCCAGCGCUAGUAAUGGGCUUGAGUUUGAACAUCUAAAGGCUCAGUUAGAGAAACAUCCAGGACUUAUAGACGAGCUUUCUUUCAGCUUAGAGCGAUUUUUGCUGCCAUCAAGCACGCAAAGGAGCAGGAAGACGCGAUGGUCUUCUAAUGUAAUCCGGUCUUACAUUCGAAAUAAGGCUGCGUUCAUGUCCUUCCUCGGUGCAUACAUCUUCGUAAAUCUCGUAUUGUUUACCACUCGCGCCUUUAAGUACAGGAAUGAAAACCUUCCCUACAUGGUCGCAAGAGCUUGCGGCCAGGUGUUGAAUUUCAAUUGCGCCUUCGUUGUCGUCCUCAUGUUGCACCAUUGUAUCACGUGGUUGAGGCAAUCUAGGAUGGCUAUUUUUCUACCACUUGAUCAGCAUGUUUACCUACACAAACUCUGUGGCUUUGUAAUAGUCUUAUUCAGUGGUUUGCACACUGUCAUGCAUCUCAUCAACUUUUCUUCUAACGUAGCCGAUCAAGUAGUUUCACCGGUUACUAAUGAAACACACUCAGCUAAAGAGUGGUUAUUUACAAUGAUUCCUGGAUUAUAUGGUCUCAUCCCCGGUAUUGCUAAUCUCACCGGUUGGGCGUUAUUAAUAAUAUUAGGGAUAAUGAUUCCGUGUUCUCUGCCUUUCGUCCGCAAAACGGGUUUUUUCGAGUUAUUUUAUUGGACGCACUUCCUUCAUUAUCCAUUUUGGGCUUUGCUAAUCUUGCAUGGCCCUCACUUUUGGUAUUGGUUUGUUGGUCCUGGCACACUUUUUAUCAUCCUAGAAAAAUUACGUCGUCAAAGAAGGCGCAUGACGGGCAAGGGCAGAACAUUCAUCAACUACACACUCCUACUGCCGUCACGCGUCACUCAUCUAGUCUGCCGGAAACCCCCAAACUUCAGGUUUCAUCCAGGCGAUUAUGUCUAUCUUAACAUACCAGCAAUUGCCUCCUACGAAUGGCACCCUUUUACAAUUAGCAGUGCACCUGAACUUCCAGACGUUUUAUGGUUCCACAUCCGGGGUGUGGGCGGAUGGACAAAUAAGCUUUAUGAAUAUUUUAAACGGGAACAAAUCAAGCAAGAACAAUUUCAAUCAUCAACUAGACCAACCUUACCUUUUGUUUCUUCUUACUGUUCCGAGUUGCAGCCGAACAUGCAACCCAUAACGGAUGAGUCGUUCGAAAAUAGCGCUGAGCAAAAAUCUUCGCCCAAAUGUACGGGAACUCGUAUACCCUACAGUCCCCAAGUUUCAAUUCCACUGAGUGAAGUGAGCAUGAACGAGUCCGUUUUAGGAGCUCAGGCUGUCAGACAUACAGGAUACCGAUACAUGCGACACCCACCAGAAGUGAUCAAUUUACCGGUUCCGGACCCUCGUGAUACAGACCUUCUAAGUGCACCGUGGCAAAAGUGGAGCAAGAAAAAGAAUCCUCGUGAUUCUUUUAGCACGGAAACAUUGCGAUCUCGAAGAAAAAAGUCGGAGAGAAAAGUGGAAGAAAAUGGAAAUCCAUCUACUGAAGACUGUGCAUCGAAUGGAUUAGCAUCCAGGGGUAACGAUGUUCCAAACCCGUCGCAAACAACUGAGGGUGUAAGCAUUUACCAUCCGCUGGAGAUCACCAUUGACGGACCGUAUGGAACUCCCUCUAGUCACAUUUUCCGCGCCCAGCAUGCCGUUCUUAUCGCAGCUGGCAUCGGAGUGACUCCGUUUGCCAGUAUUCUGCAAUCCAUAAUGCACCGCUAUUAUGCCAGUUUACAGGUUUGCCCAAAUUGCCAAUAUUCAUGGGCAUCACGAAUGCCAGAUUCCAUAAUGAAUCUAAAAAAGGUUGAUUUUUUCUGGAUUAAUCGUGAUCAGCGAAGUUUUGAAUGGUUCGUUCACAUGCUCUCGCAAUUGGAAAUGGAACAAGCUGAAAUGGGCAGUGCUUUGGGCCGAUUCCUCGAUUUGCACAUGUACAUCACAAGCGCCCUGAAGAAGACUGAUCUAAAGGCUGUUGGACUCCAAAUGGCCCUCGAUUUGCUGCACGCUAAGGAAAAGCGUGAUCUCGUGACCGGUCUUAAGACUCGAACCAAUGCCGGCAGGCCGAACUGGGAUAAAGUAUUCCAAAAGCUAAUAGACGAAGAUAAAGGAAAUGUAACUGUUUUUUAUUGCGGCCCUCCUCAGUUGGCCAAAGAACUGAAAAAGAAAUGCAACAAGUUUGGCUUCAAUUUUCAUAAAGAAAUUUUUUAAUGUAACAUAUCUUAAUUUGUACAGUUUUAGCCGCAAUAUAAUCGCCAUCAAUA